AUGGGAGCACCUUCCGCCGCAGAGCACGCUAGCUUGGAAGCCUUCCUUGACCUUGCCCGCAGCGGCAGAGGUGCCUUCGACAAAGCGGCGAGCGCAAGCUUCAAGAAGCUGGCAAGCCAGAGGUGGACAGUGGCGAUGUCGCUCUUGGGAUCGGACUGGGAGGGCUUGUGGCUGCCGUUCAGCCCACCAAUGAUCGCGAUGCAGGCUUGCACCCGUCAAAGCCAUUGGCAGCGUUCUUUGGCGCUUUUCGGCUCGGUGUCUUCCUCCCUGUCACCAGUGCUGUACAGCGCUGCCUUAAGUGCCUGCGAUAAGGGCCAGCAGUGGCGCUCGGGUUUGCAAGUGCUGGCGACUCUGCGGCAAGAGCGUGGGGAAGUGGACACGGCACUCUACAACGGAGCGAUUAGCAUGUGCGCGAAAGCACAGCAAUGGCAGCAUUCGCUGGCACUCUUUCAGGACCUACACGAGGACCGGCUUCAACCUGACCUGAUCACACACAACUCUCUGGUGAGUGCAUUUGAGAAGGGAGGCGAGUGGCAGAGAGCUUUGGCCGCUUUCGAAGAAACCUCAAGCCUUGGCCCCAGCAUCGUGACCUACAGCGGCUGCAUCAGUGCUUGCGCUCGAGGGAGUCAGUGGCAGAUCGCCCUUGUCCUCUUUAAAGAGGCGAAGGAGCAGAGUGCAGGGGUGGAUGUCAUCCUUUGCAGUGCGGCCAUCACUGCAUGCCGGGGCGACGAAUGGCCCAGAGCCUUGCAGUUGCUCACAGACUUCGAAGACACCUCCCGAGCAAACCUGGUGGCUUACAGCGCGGCUGUAAGUGCCUGUGCACCAGGGGGGCACUGGCAGCAAGCUCUGCAGCUGCUUGUUCUGGCGCAAACGCGUGCUAUCAGGGCCGACACGGCCAUUUACACCUCGCUCAUCGCAGCCUGUGCUGGCGCAUCAAGCUGGCAACAAGCCUUUUUCGUCCUGCGGCAGCUUCGCUCUGGCAUGCUGAAGGCGAAUCAGAUCACCUAUAAUGCGGUCCUCAGCGCUUGCGAGAAUGCGGAGGAGUGGCAGCAUGCCCUCGAGGUCCUGGCCUCUCUUCGGCAGGAGUCGAUUGAGGCUGACGUCGCCAGCUUCAGCUCAGCAGUCGGAGUUUGCGGCCGAUGCUGGCACUGGCAACAGUCCUUGCACCUCCUAUCCGCGGCCCUGCAGAACAGCGUGCAGGCAAACGUCAUCCUGUACAGCACUGCGAUAUCUGCAUGCGAGAAGGGCAACCAGUGGGGAGUGGCUCUCCACUUGCUGGACCAGGCACAACGGGUGGCCCUGCGCGUCGACGUCGUGGCCUCCAGCGCAGCCAUCAGCGCUUGCGAGAAGGCGGGCCAGUGGCAACGAUCUACGUUUCUCUUGGAAGGGCUUGGUCCCAAUGUUGUGGCACACUCAGCAGCAGCCAGUGCUUGCGCCAGAGAGGCGCGCUGGAGACAUGCCUUGGUGCUGCUCGAGGAACUAGAGGGGCAAAGCGGGGCCGGCACAGAGGUGACCUAUACCGUGGCGAUACAAGCAGUGGCAAAGGCAGGCGCGAGGUUGUCGGAGUGGGCCUGGGGUGCAUGA